AUGGCGCGUCAUUGGAGAGGGACGACGAUGAUGGCGGCGGUCGGUGCACCAGAAGUGAUCACACAGCUGGAAAGCGCUGCCAAAGUUUUAAUGGCACCGCCGUCCAUGGUCAGCACAGAACAGAGGCAGCAUGCUGAACACAUAUUCCUCUCCUUCAGGAAAUCCAAAUCCCCUUUUGCCAUCUGCAAGCACAUCUUAGAGACCAGUAAGGUGGACUAUGUGCUGUUUCAGGCAGCCACAGCCAUCAUGGAGGCAGUGGUGCGGGAAUGGAUCCUGCUGGAAAAGACCAGCAUCGAGUCGCUUCGGGCAUUCCUCCUCACCUACGUUUUACAGAGACCCAAUCUCCAGAAGUAUGUCCGAGAGCAGAUCCUGCUGGCUGUGGCGGUCAUCGUGAAGAGGGGCUCUCUAGACAAAAGCAUCAACUGCAAAAGCAUCUUUCACGAGGUCGGACAGCUCAUCAGCAGCGGGAACCCCACAGUGCAAACACUGGCCUGCUCCAUCCUGACCGCUCUGCUCAGUGAGUUCUCCAGCUCCAGUAAGACCAGCAGCAUCGGCCUCAGCAUGGAGUUUCACGGCAGCUGCAAGCGUCUGUUCCAGGAAGAGGGCCUGCGUCAGAUCUUUAUGUUGACCAUGGAGGUACUGCAGGAGUUCAGCCGCCGAGAAAACCUAAACGCCCAGAUGUCGUCUGUCUUCCAGCGCUACCUGGCUCUGGCCAACCAGGUCCUCAGCUGGAACUUCCUGCCACCCAAUCUGGGGCGACACUACAUCGCCAUGUUCGAGGCCACGCAGAACGUCACGCUCAAGCCUACGGAGACCUGGAGGGAAGCGCUGCUGGACACCCGCGUCAUGGACCUCUUCUUCACAGUACAUAGGAAGAUUCGUGAGGACUCAGACAUGGCCCAGGACUCUUUGCAGUGCCUGGCCCAACUGGCCUCCAUGCACGGACCUGUCUUCCCUGAUGAGAGCGCCCAGAUCUCCUACCUGGCCCACUUAGUGGAGGGCCUGCUCAGCAUGAUCAACGGGAUUGAAAUCGAGGACUCUGAGGCGAUGGGCAUCUCCAAUAUCAUCUCCAAUCUGAUCACCAUGUUUCCCCGGAGUAUUUUAACAGCACUGCCCAGCGACCUCUUCACCUCCUUCAUCAACUGCCUCACGCUGCUUACCUGCUCGUUUGGACGCAGUGCAGCCCUAGAGGAGGUGCUGGAUAAAGACGAUAUGGUUUACAUGGAGGCCUACGACAAGCUGCUGGAGUCGUGGCUGACGCUCGUCCAGGACGAGGAGCAUUUUCCGCGCGGCUGCUUCGUCCAGCCGGCAGUCCAGGUCUUCAACUCAUACAUCCAGUGUCACUUGGCUGCUCCUGACGGCACCCGGAACCUGUCAGUGAACGGCAUAUCGUCUCACGAAGAGGAAGAGAUCAACGAGCUGCAGGAAGACGAUAGAGAGCUGUUCUCUGAUCAGCUGUCCAGUAUUGGCAUGCUGGGGCGUGUGGCCGCUGACCACUGUAUCCCCCUGCUCACAAGCCUUCUGGAGGACCGGGUGACACGGCUGCACGGUCAACUCCAGAGGACGCACCAUCACCUCAUGGCUUCAUCUGACCCUGGAUCAGUGGACCGCAAAGUCCUGGAUGACCUCUAUGAGGACAUCCACUGGCUCAUACUGGUCUCAGGGUAUUUACUAGCAGACGAUCCUCAGGGCGAAACCCCAUUGAUCCCCUCAGAAGUAAUGGAGUUUUCCAUCAAACACUCGACAGAAGUGGACAUCAACACAACGCUGCAGAUCCUAGGAUCACCAGGGGAGAAGGCCUCAUCCAUACCGGGCUGCAACCGCACAGACUCAGUCAUCAGGUUGCUGUCAGCGGUGUUGCGGACAUCAGAGGUUGAGUCCAGGGCAACGAGAGCGAGUCUGACAGGGCUUCUGAGCCCACAGAUGGGGAAGGACAUCAUGUGGUUCCUCAGACGAUGGGCCAAGACGUACCUGCUGAUGGACGAGAAGCUCUACGAGCAGAUCAGCAUCCCCCUGAGCACAGCGUUUGGUGCAGACACUGAGGGAGCCCAGUGGAUUGUGGGAUAUCUUCUGGAGAAGGUGAUCAACAACCUGUCAGUGUGGAGCUCAGAGGCUGAGCUGGCCAACGACACCGUGGAGCUGCUGGUGACGCUGGUAGAGAAGAGGGAGAGGGCCAACAUCGUGGUAAAGUGUGAGAGCUGGUGGAGCCUGGCGAAGCAGUUUGCCAGCCGCAGCCCACCCCUCCACCUGCUGUCCAGCUCCGUGCAGAGGUCUCUGAUGAAAGCUUUGGUCCUGGGAGGCUUCGCACACAUGGACUCUGAUGCCAAACAGCAAUAUUGGGCUGAGGUGCUUCACCCUCUCCAGCAGCGUUUCCUCAACCUCAUCAACCAGGAGAACUUUGCCCAGAUCAGCCAGGAGGAAGCUGUCAAACAGGAAAUCGUCGCCACGUUAGAGGCGCUGUGUGGCAUCGCGGAGGCGACGCAGAUCGACAACGUGGCCUCGCUCUUCUCUUUUCUCAUGGACUUCUUGUCCAACUGCAUCGGCCUCAUGGAGGUCUACAGCAACACGCCCGAGACAAUCAACCUCAUUAUUGAGGUUUUUGUGGAAGUUGCUCACAAGCAGAUCUGCUACCUGGGAGAGACUAAGUCCAUGAAGCUGUAUGAGGCAUGUCUGACGCUGCUGCAGGUCUACUCUAAAAACAACCAGAGCAGGAAGCGAAACGACGCCACGUCUGAGGAGGACCAGUACCAGGACCUGCUGCUAAUCAUGGAGCUGCUCACAAACCUGCUCUCCAAAGAAUUCAUCGACUUCAGCGACACCGAUGAGGUGUUUCGAAACCAAGACCAGGGAACUACGGCGUCCAGUCGGACAGUAUCCGCAGCAGAUGUGGUUCUCUAUGGUGUCAACAUUGUUCUUCCACUCAUGUCUCAGGACUUGCUCAAGUUCCCCUCUCUGUGUAACCAGUAUUACAAGCUCAUCACCUUCAUCUGUGAGAUCUUUCCAGAAAAGAUCCCACAGCUACCUGAGGACCUCUUCAAAAGCCUCAUGUUCUCCCUGGAGCUGGGAAUGACCUCGAUGAGUUCAGAGAUCAGCCAGCUGUGUUUGGAGGCUUUGUCUCCUCUGGCUGAGCAGUGUGCUAAAAACCAGGAGAAGGACACGCCUCUCUUCAUCGCCACCCGUCACUUCCUCAAGUUGGUGUUUGACAUGCUGGUCCUGCAAAAACACAACACAGAGAUGACGGUGGCAGCAGGAGAAGCCCUCUACACACUCGUGUGCCUGCACCAGGCGGAGUACUCGGAGCUGGUGGAGACUCUGCUCUCCUCACAGAGAGACGCCGUCAUCUACCAGCGGCUGGCAGACGCCUUCAACAAGCUGACGGCCAGCAGCACGCCGCCUACCAUGGACCGCAAGCAGAAAGUCGCCUUCCUCAAGAGCCUGGAGGAGUUCGUGGCCAACGUGGGCGGCCUGCUCUGUGUGAAAUAACCACUGGAAACCCCCUUCGCCUCAAAUCAUCGUUUUGAAAAGUAACCAAUCAAAGACCCCCUCUGCUUCAUCCCUAAGAACUAUGGGUAGAGGCGACAGCUGGAAGCCUCUGAGGACUUCUCUGUCUCUCUACCUGCUGGGGAAUCCAUCUCAUGCCUGAAUGUUUACCCUGUUCUCACCUCCUCGGAUUUCUUUUUUGUUUUGUUUUGGUUUUCCUCCCCUUCAGCAUGAUUGACAGACUUGAUGAUGGUGAUGAUGUGGUAACCACGUACACUGAAAUGCAGAGCAGACGGACUCAGCCAGAGGAUCCUGCCCUGCUGACUAAAAAUGACGGAGCACUGACCACCAUGAUGACAAGAGGUGGAACAGCAGCUUAUGUUGUUGACGCCGGUGUCCUCCCCCUCCAACACCUCAUGUACCUGGAGGCCGCGCGUGCGCGCGCACACACACACACACACACACACACACACACACACACACAGUGACACUGAGAGUAAAACAAGUUGCUGUUUUUGGAGAUGUUUUUUCCAGUGUGAGGUUUUGUAGUUGAAGGUAUCAGAGGGGCCAUUUUGUGUCAAGAAUGUAAUGGCAACCAAACCCCAUGCACACAAAUGCACACAAACACACACACAAACUUCUUUCUUUAAGUUUCCUUUCAGACACACAAGCACACAAGCCGCCCCAAUCCUUCCCAGAGUGCCUUUGUUUUGUUGAGGGUUUUCUCUGUGUGUGUGUGUGUGUCUGUGUGUAAAAAUCAUGUCAUACAUCAACUGACAACAAAUAACGACUGUGCCUGCCGUUCGCCAAGAAUCCAGCGAAUGAACACACACACACAGAAAAACAUGGACACACACACACACACACACACACACACAGAAUGUUGCCGUGACAGCAAAGGUUGUCUUUGGGGUUUGCCUCACAACACAGGAGGGAUGUUUGUUUGGCGAUGACAGAAAAGCAAAAUCGGAUUGUGUUUCUCAGAAAUAAAAAAACAUAUAUAAAAUGUAUGUGUUUUCAAUUCAGAAACCGUGAGAGUUGUAUGUCAAAGAAAAAAAAAAACAUGACUGAAAUGUUUUUAUAAGCCUGCAGACAGCAGGAAGAGUUAGGAGUUCAACAUUGUAUGAAUUCAGCUAAAGAGGGAGCACCUUUCUGUGACCUUUUUUUUUUUUCUUCUCUUUUCUUUGCGGCUUCUCUAUUUGGAUUGUAGUAUUAUGGUGCAGCCCCACCACCUCCAGACAGAUCAGGGGCCCCCACCUCGAGUAGGAUUCGGCUAUUAAAGUUCAGCAGAUUCAUUUCAGUAGUAUUUUUCUACAGCAGCACGUCCACCGUAUCACUCUUCAUCACACACUGGAUUCACACAGAGACUGUUUGAGUUGAAGGACAGCAAUAACAAACCAAAUAAAAAGGAACAGAGCCACUUGUUGAAGCAUUAUGUUGGAGACAGAAUCCUCCUCGUUCAGAGCACUAUCCUGGUUAUUGUAGAAUGGCUGUUUUGUUAAUGAAGUGUAAAAGUGUACAUAAAGUUAUUAUAUAAAACGUUCUGGCCAAUGAA